UCAAUGAGAUGAGAGAGUGGGUUCAAUAUGAAACUUUGAUAUUAUCCCCAUCACUGAACUGCGUUCACUUUUGUGUUGUAAAUUUAAGCUUUUUCAGACAAGAUAUAUAAAUCUUAGGCACGGGAUAAAAGAUCCCAUGUUUGAUGUAUCAUAAUUCGAUGUUAUUUUUUUCAAAACUCUAUUGCAUAUACAUGAAAACAACUAUAUGAGCUGUCAAGAAAGCAACAGACGUUGAGAGUUGCAACAGCUACAGUGUCCAGAAAUGGAAAUAGGCUACAUCAGAAUUGCUGCAAUUUCCUCUUGUGCUGCAAUUUUGGUAGUGGCAUGGAGAGUAUUGAACUGGGUAUGGUUGAGGCCCAAGAAGCUGGAGAAGCGGCUGAAAGAGCAAGGUCUCAAAGGAAAUCCUUACAGACUACUGUAUGGAGACUUCAAAGAAAUUUCAACCCUGAUCAGAGAAGCCCAAUCCAAGCCUAUCAACCUCUCUGAUGACAUCCUCCCAAGAAUCUUGCCUGCCUUACCUGAUGCCCUGAAGAAAUAUGGUAAGAGCACAUAUGUGUGGCUUGGACCAACACCAAUGGUGUACAUCCUGGAGCCUGAACUCAUUAGGGAGGUUAUGCAAAAGAUCUACCUCUUUCAAAAGCCUCGUCUUAAUCCUCUUAGCCUGUUGCUGAUCGAAGGACUGGUGAAUUAUGACGGAGAUAAAUGGGCCAAACAGAGAAAGCUUAUAAACCCAGCUUUCCAUGUGGAGAAGUUAAAGCACAUGCUUCCAUCAUUUUAUACAAGUGCUAGUGACAUAUUGAACAAAUGGAAGGAGGUUGUUGCCCCGAAUGGUUCAAGUGAGUUGGAUGUAUGGCCAGACCUUGAAACUUUGACUUCUGAUGCAAUUUCACGGACGGCAUUUGGCAGUAACUAUGAAGAAGGAAGAAGGAUAUUUGAACUUCAAAGAGAACAGAGUGAAUAUUGGCUUAAGGUUGUACAGUCAGUGGACAUCCCAGGAUGGAGGUUCGUGCCAACUAAGAGGAACCGAAGAAUGAAACAAAUUGCAAAAGCGGUUCAAGAUACAAUUUUGGAAAUUAUCAACUCAAGAAUAAAGGCAGUGAGAGAAGGUAAAGCCUAUGGUGAUGACUUGUUGGGUAUAAUAUUGGAAUCCAACUUCAAAGAAAUCAAUAACCAUGGACAAGAUGGCGCUGGCAUGACUAUCAGAGAGGUCAUCGAAGAAUGCAAGCUGUUCUAUUUUGCAGGGCAGGAGACUACAUCAGUAUUGCUCGUAUGGACAAUGAUUUUAUUGAGUAGGUAUCCUGAUUGGCAAGCACGAGCUAGAGAAGAGGUUUUGCAACUCGUUGGCACUAAAAAACCAGAUUUUGAUGGACUAAAUCGCCUAAACCUUGUCACCAUGAUACUACAUGAGGUUCUAAGGCUGUACGCUCCAGUUCCUGCAGUUACUCGUAGAGUUGCUGAAGAAACUAAAUUAGGAAACAUGCGUCUCCCAGCUGAUGUGCUGCUCUAUCUACCAGUAAUGGCAUUGCAUCACGACACUAAAAUAUGGGGUGAUGAUGCGAAGGAGUUCAAGCCAGAGAGGUUUGCUGAGGGAGUGCCUCAUGCAACUAAGGGGCAAGUUGCAUUCUUCCCUUUUGGUUGGGGACCUCGUAUAUGCAUUGGGCAAAAUUUUGCCAUGUUGGAAGCCAAACUGGUGCUAGUCAUGAUUCUGCAGAGCUUCUCCUUUGAACUUUCCCCAUCUUAUUCUCAUGCUCCCCGUGCAAUUAUAACACUUCAACCACAACAUGGUGCUCACUUGAUCUUGCACAAAUUGCAGUAACUUGCAAUAACUUGGGUCAUUAGGUUGUGGGGAAUAGUUCAGACGUUAAAAUUUCAAUUUCUUGUUUUUCAUUUGAUGUACAUUAUUUCUGGAGUGCACAAAUAUAACAUGUAUGAUACAAGAGUAUUGCA